GAGAGAGGGGGGGGGGGAGGGAGGGAGGGAGAUAGUGUGUGUUCAUACAUGUGAUCGGACAUAUCUUUCAAAGAAAGAAAACACAUUCCAAAUCCAACCCCACUUUCCUACUUAAAAAGAGUUCCCAAUAUUCUUUCCUUUUUCUUUCUUUGUUCCUCUCUUUAGCUAAUCCUUUCUUCCUUUCAAAUCCCACCUUUUGAUUCUCCUCCUCCCUCUAUUCUCUCUCUCUCUCUCUCUCUCUACUGUGUUCUUCCAUGGCGACUCUGGGGGACAUAGGGGUCUCUGCACUAAUCAACAUACUGGGUGCCUUUGCUUUCCUCUUGGCCUUUGCUCUUCUCAGAAUCCAACCCAUUAAUGACAGAGUCUACUUUCCCAAAUGGUACAUUGCUGGGGGCAGGACCAGUCCCAGACAUUCUAGCAACUUCGUGGGCAAGUUCGUCAAUCUCAAUUUGUGGACCUACUUUACUUUCCUCAGCUGGAUGCCUCAAGCUUUGAAGAUGAGUGAGUCUGAACUCAUCAAUCAUGCUGGACUUGACUCUGCUGUUUUCCUCAGAAUCUACAUUCUCGGCUUAAAAAUCUUUGGGCCCAUAGCUAUUGUGGCACUUGUGGUUCUAAUUCCAAUCAAUGCAUCGGGUGGAACAUUGUUUUUCCUACGCAAAGAUUUGGUUGUUAGCAACAUCGACAAGCUUUCAAUAUCAAAUGUUCACCCAAAAUCAAUUAGGUUUUUCGUUCACAUAGGAUUGGAAUAUUUGUUCACGUUCUGGACUUGUUUUCUGCUCUACAAGGAAUAUGGUAGAGUAGCAUCAAUGCGGUUGAACUUUUUGGCUUCUCAACGCCGGCGUGCAGCACAGUUCACAGUAUUGGUCAGGAAUGUACCACAUGUUUCUGGCCGCUCAAUAUCUGAUAGUGUGGACAACUUCUUCAAAACAAAUCAUCCCGAUCACUAUCUCUGUCACCAGGCUGUCUACAAUGCCAACAAAUUUGCCAAACUUGUGAGAAAAAGAGAGAGGAUCCAAAAUUGGCUGGACUACAACCAACUUAAGUUUGAAAGACAUCCAGACAAAAGGCCAACCAAGAAGAGAGGAUUCCUUGGGCUUUGUGGUGAAAAAGUUGAUGCUAUUGACUUCUACAAAAAGCAGAUCAAUGAUCUUGAUAGAAGAUUAACAAUGGAGCGCCAGAGAAUUCUAAAGGACCCAAAAUCUAUUGUGUCGGCUGCAUUUGUUUCAUUUAAUUCAAGGUGGGGUGCUGCUGUAUGUGCACAAACUCAGCAAAGCAAGAACCCUAUACUUUGGUUGACAAAUUGGGCCCCUGAACCCCGUGACGUAUACUGGAAGAACCUUGCAAUCCCCUUUGUUUCUCUUAGCAUCAGAAAGCUAGUGAUAUCAUUGUCCGUAUUUGCUUUGGUGUUCUUUUACAUGAUACCCAUUGCUUUUGUGCAAUCACUUGCGAAUUUGGAGGGCCUUGAAAAAGUUGCUCCUUUUUUGAGACCUGUGAUUGAAGUGAAAUUUGUGAAAUCAUUCCUACAGGGAUUUCUUCCUGGUCUAGCUCUCAAAAUCUUCUUGUACAUUCUUCCCACAGUUUUGAUGAUUAUGUCAAAAAUUGAGGGACACGUGGCAUUGUCAGUACUAGAGCGAAGGGCAUCAGCAAAAUAUUACUACUUUAUGUUGGUGAAUGUUUUCUUGGGUAGCAUCGUGACUGGAACAGCUUUCCAGCAACUUCAUGCAUUCCUUCACCAGGCGCCCACCCAGAUUCCUCGAACCAUUGGGGUUUCGAUACCAAUGAAGGCUACUUUCUUUAUCACGUAUAUAAUGGUUGAUGGUUGGGCUGGCAUCGCAAGUGAGAUUCUCAGGUUGAAGCCUUUGGUUAUUUUUCACCUUAAGAACACGUUGUUGGUGAAAACUGAAAGGGACAGAGUGAAGGCUAUGAACCCUGGGAGUGUGGAUUUUCCAGAGACUCUUCCAAGCCUUCAACUCUACUUCCUUCUAGGAAUUGUAUAUGCCGUGGUUACGCCAAUCCUCCUUCCUUUCAUACUAGUCUUCUUUGCCUUCGCAUACCUUGUUUAUCGUCAUCAGGUAAUUAAUGUGUACAAUCAACAAUAUGAGAGUGCUGCUGCAUUUUGGCCACAAGUUCACAGCCGGAUAAUAGCAAGCUUGUUGAUAUCUCAGCUUCUAUUGUUGGGUCUGCUCAGCACAAAAAAGGCUGCGAAUUCCACUCCUUUGCUUGUUGCUUUACCUAUAUUGACUUUAUCAUUCCACAAGUACUGCAAACAUCGCUUUGAGCCGGCAUUCAGAAAGUACCCCCUUGAGGAAGCCAUGGCAAAGGAUUUAGAGGACCGUAACUCUGAACCAGAUGUCAAUCUGAAAGCUUACCUGACUGAUGCAUACUUGCACCCAAUCUUCCACUCUUUCGAAGAAGUCGAGCUAACUGAGGUUAGAGUUGACGAGAACCAGACUCAAAUCCCCAGUACCUCAGUAGACAGACCCCACAAUCAUGUUCCCAGUCCCUCAGCCAGCGAAUUAAGUUCCCCAUCUCCACGUCACCAUGCCUAUAACUACGAAAAUCAACCUCCCCAUAUGGUGACCCACCAGUACGAACUUGACCAGCAGAACUACACUGUCAAUCAGUACGAAGUUGAGCAGCAGCAUCCGUAUCCGUAUGAUGUGUUUCAUCACGGGGCCGAGUUGUCCUCUAAUGGCUAUCGUUACUGAAGUAAACCUUGGCUUUUGCUUCCCUUAUCACAGAACGCUAACCAUUGUUUGAAAUAUUACGAAGGUUUUCUAACAGAGUUGUGCUCAUUUCAAUUGUAGUUAUUGGUUUUUUUUUUUUUGAUCCGAUUGUAGUUAUUGGUUGCUAGUGCAUAGAUGUCAAUGGGUUUUUUUUUUGCUUUUCUUGAAAACUGGUAAUUUGAGUUGUAGUCUUUUCUGAUUUGUGAAUGUCUGCACAUUUGUGAGGAACACAUGUAUUGGAGUUGUUUUUGUCAGGGCACUGUGUAAAUUUAUCGAGUGCUCAACCUA